AUGGAAUGUAUAUUUGGGGUUCCUAUCAUUUUACAAUUAGAUAAUGGUAAAGAAUUUAUCGCUGAUCUUAUUUCUAAACUAAUAGCCUUUUGGCCAGGUGUAUAUAUUAUUAAUGGGUGCCCCAGGCACCCACAAUUACAAGGAAUGGUUAAAAGAGCCAAUGGAAUUCUGCAGGUUAAGCUCAGAAAAUGGAUGGAAGAUAAUCAAACAAGCAAAUCACCAUACUCUCUUGUAUUUGGGCAAGAACCGGUUCAACAUUUUUCAAUACUUAAAGAUCUAUACUAUAAAAAUAUUAUAGAUGAAGAAGAAUUGCCUGAUAAUUUUUUUGAAGAUUCUG